AUGCUUAAUUAUCUUGAGCUUGAGAUCAUUGACAACAACUUCGUAACAUUAAAUUCUACAUUGUCACUGGGAAGGGCCUCGGCGGAGAUGAAGGAAGGUAGGUGCGGUUGGAGGUGGGGAUUGUUAGAAGGUGGAAUGGAGGACGCGGAAGGCAGGUGCGACGAUAGUUGUUUCGCCGUUUCCGACGUCUUACUCGUGCGGUGGUUGCCAGUGACUUGUGCGAUUCCAGCGGAGACAGAGCCGAAAGGUUGUGGUGUUUGCUCACGGAUGGAAGUAGUGUCAUUAGAGAAAAGGUUGUGA